AUGGCCGAGAACGCGCCAAUGGAGGUCGACUCUCCGUCCACAAAGCAGCCACGAUUCCAGGUCAAGAAGUGGAACGCCGUGUGUCUUUGGUCUUGGGACAUCGUCGUUGACAACUGCGCCAUUUGCCGAAAUCAUAUCAUGGACCUUUGCAUCGAAUGUCAAGCCAACCAGGGCUCAGCGACCACCGAAGAAUGCACCGUCGCUUGGGGUCAAUGCAACCACGCUUUCCACUUCCACUGCAUCUCGCGGUGGCUCAAGACACGUCAAGUAUGCCCACUCGACAAUAGAGAAUGGGAACUUCAAAAGUACGGUCGUUAG